AGUGCAUACAACACCAGGGACAGAGAGGACUUUUUACCUGCAAACGGCUUCAUCACCAGAUCUCACACAUCUCAAAAUGCGCCAAGAACAUCGAAGGCAUAUUUUAAGAGAACUUUGCUCAGCCAGCAGCAGCCUGAAUUUUACGGAGAAAUUAAUCACAUUUGACCAGAUUCCAAACAAAGCCCUGGACCACCUCAUUGUGGAUGAUCGCCAUGGUGUUAUUUACUGUUUUGUACCAAAGGUAGCCUGUACCAACUGGAAACGAGUCAUGAUUGUGCUCAGCCAGAACCUGAAGGCACCUGAUAGAGCACCGUAUCUGGAUCCUCUUGACAUACCAUACAAGAUAGUCCAUAAUUCUACUGUGCAUAAGACGUUUAACAAGUUUUGGAUGCGUUUUGGACGUUACUCACGUCCUUUGAUGCAUCACAAACUGAAGAAUUACACAAAGUUCCUUUUUGUACGUGAUCCUUUUGUACGACUUAUUUCUGCUUUUCGGGACAAGUUUGUUAAGCCAAAUGAGUAUUUCUACAGCCUGUAUGGCUCCACAAUGCUUCAACGUUAUGCUAAUAUCUCAAAGCCCCCUGACUCUGUUCAAGAAGCCUUCGCCGCAGGUAUCAGAUUUUCCUUUACUCACUUUAUUAAGUACCUGUUAGAUCCACAAACUGAGGAGGAGAAGCCAUUUAAUGAGCAUUGGCGGCAGAUGUACAGACUCUGCCAUCCGUGCCAAAUUGAGUAUGACUUUGUAGGCAAACUGGAAACACUUGAUGAGGAUACAGAACAUUUGUUGAAGAUUCUUGGGCUGGAUAAUUACAUUCACUUUCCCCCAGGGUACGAGAACCGGACAGCAGUAGACUGGGAGCGUGAGUGGUUUGCAAACAUUUCAGUAGCUGACAGGAGAAAACUGUACCAUCUUUAUGAAACAGACUUUAAAUUAUUUGAAUAUGACAAACCUGAGACACUUCUGGAUGAGUGA